UGCGUGUGUGUUACCGCAACACUGCUUCCUCUCACUCCGCAAACACGCCAGGCAAAGGUGCACGAAGAACAAGUCUGUAUUAUUGCUUAUCAAUCAAAUUCAGAAUCUUUUGCACACGUUAUGGACAUGGAUGAAGUUACAGACGUGAGGAGGAAGAGCAGGAGAAGGAGGAAGAGGAGGAGCAGAGUCACAGGUAGGAGCAGCGAGGAGGCGGAGAAGAUUUCUGACCGAGGAGACCACCUGAAAAAGCACCAGCCACCAAGUACAUGUGCCCGACGAGACCACCGGAGGAGGCCGGCAGCCUCAGAGAAGUUCCCCCAAACGGGGCAUCCAGAGUAUCAGACGACAACGCAGUCCCUCACUCGGAAGAUCAACUCGGUGGUCCGGUUGAACAAGCAUCAGCCCGGUUUGCACUACAACGCUGCGUCGCAGACGGGCCCCCCGCACGCACCUGUGUUUGCGGUGAGCGUGGACGUCAACGGCCUCCGCUUCGAGGGCAGGGGAUCCACCAAAAAACAGGCCAAGCUGAGGGCGGCCGAACUGGCUCUAAAGUCCUUCGCCCAGUUCCCCGAUGCAGGCUCGGAGGGCGUAGAGAGCGCCGCAGACGAUUUCACGGAGGACCAACUGGAUCGGUCACAAAUGUUCUCCACGGACGGCACAGAAGGUGAAAACUGGAUCUGCAACUCAGCGAGGAAGGAGGUAUUUCCCCGAAGUGACAAUCAAUUCUGCCCACGAGGAGUGGUCAGUUCCUGGCUCUCAGGGUGUUUCGAUCCCAUUGGGCUGCUCGGUGAACUGCGACCGGGCCUGCGCUACUUCUGCCUGAUUGAACGAAUUCCCGGUCGGCCGGAGAGGCGUUUCUUUGCGGCUGCGCGGGUGGACGGGCGGAUAUUCGAAGGCUGCGGCCGAAGUAAAAGAGCUGCCAAGGCCCGGGCGGCUGCUGCCGCUCUGCGCUCGCUCUAUGACGUCAGCCCCGAGAGGAAGAUGAUGGGUCUUCUUGAGGAUAAAAAGCAAUUGCCACAGUUCUUUGCAGAAUCCAUCUUCCAGCUAACAAGACAAAAAUGUCAGCAGCUGAUGGACCAAAGCCUCACCACACACAACAUGGCCGCCAUUAUCAUGACGACAGGAUUUGAGGUGAGCUCGGCUGAGGUGGUUUCCAUAGCAACGGGGACCAAGUGUUUGGACUGGGAUGGAGUCUGUCACGAUGACAGUGGGCUGCGCGACUGUCAUGCCGAGGUUGUGUGCAGGAGGGCGCUGUUACGCUUCUUGUACGCUCAACUGGAGAUGCUUCUGAUACGUCCUCCAGACAAGCUUGAUGUUGGGUGGGUGUCCAUCUUUGAACGAGCGACUGGUCGCCGAAGGGUCUUCAGGCUGCGAGACCACGUUGGACUCCACAUGUUUGUUACCUCGUCACCAUGUGGAGAUGCCAGACUCAACUGUCCAUACGAAAACAACAUCUCACCCUCCGUGAUGACAAAUGUGUUGCGCUAUGGCCUGAGGUCAAAGGUGGUCGGCGGCCAGGGAACGUUGCCCGUCACAGCACAGUCGGCCAAUCAGAAGAGGGCAGGCGUGUCACCGGGUAAAGCUCAAGUCAGCUUAUCCUGCACGGACAAAAUCGCCAAGUGGUGUGCAGUGGGCCUGCAGGGGGCGCUGCUGUCUCACCUAGUGGAGCCCGUGUACCUUCAGAGCCUGACGGUGGCCACGUUGAGCCAUACGGGCCACCUGCAACGCGUCCUGGCUCGUCGCCUCGCCCCCAAUAAACGCCACGCCGCGCCUUACAGGCGACAACUGCCUCUACUUGCGUGUCUAAGAACGGUCGAGCAGCGGGCAUGCAGGAAUUCGUCGCGCAUCAGCGUAAACUGGAGCGGCGGCGACAGUGACGUGGAGGAGCUCAGCACCUCGUCGGGCUUGCAGAGCCGCUGUGGGAUGCCAUCCAGACUCAGCGGCCGUUGUUUUUUUGCCCGCUGGCAGCGUCUUCACAGGCAGCUCAACGAAUGGACGUCAGAGGACAUGCUGAGGACGCACGGCGCUUGGAAGCGAGCGGCCGGUCCGUACCAGAAGGCCGUGCGGCAGUUUGUCGCCGCCGUGCGGAACGCGGGACUCGGAACGUGGAACAGGAAACUUCUGCAAAGUUCUCAAAGCGCAGAGGAUCAGGUUCAGAGUGUCAAUACGUGAUGUCGUUCUGAAAACAACGCAAGUGAUUAGCGUUUCUGACUUGGCACUUCGAGGCUUUGGGUUUGAAUUUGGGCUGGGGUCUUCCUGCGUGGAGUUUGCAUUGUCUUUU